UAGUUCUGAACGGAUUUUCUUCGAUAAUAGUCAUGGGGUUUAUACACGUUUGUCGACUGCAUGUAAAAGUAUCCUAAACAAAUUAAUACAAUCAAAGCCCAUUUCUUUAAUUUGAAUCCAAGCUAACAAAAUCCAAGUAGUAUUCUUCGAAACUAUUCUUGUGUAAUUCCUAAAUUAAAAUGGUUUUAAGUCCCUAAAGUUCAAUUUAUAAACGAAAAGUCGUUCGAAAUAUAUGUGAAAAUUUUGAAAGAAAAGUCCAUUCUACAUCUUUACGCAGUCACUUUUACCUAAAGUUCAACUUUUUUCCACUCUUUCGCGUAUAUAUUUGCCUCUUUUCAACUAAUGUUGAAACUGGAAUAAAACAACAAAUACAAAACUCUGCAUACUACAAAGAUGUAUCCAGUCAUAUCCUUUAGUAGUUUAAAUAAUUGUGGGUCAUUGUGCGAAGGAGAUACAAAAUAAAAUGAUUAUGUGUAUGUGUGUUGAAUCGCCAUUUUUUAAUUUGUUGUUCUUCUGCCUCCAUCUUUAGAACCAAAGUCUGAAAAACAUAAAAAUUGGUGCCCUACAAAUGAUAUCAGCUUAAAUUUAAGAGAAUAUUUUUGCCAAAAAUAUUGAAGCAAAUCGUUAAACAUAGUUCCUCUCUUUGGUCCCUUUGAAUGUUCGAAAUAAAGUUUGUUAAUAGCGACAACAACUUUUUGAAAAUGAAACAAUAUAGUCAUAAUAAUAAAAAUAGUAUGUGAUGCAUCUGAAAUUGGAAACAAGUUUUUACAAAGCUAAAUACGGAAUAAGGUGUUUAAUUAUCUUUUAACAAAGAUAUUCAUAAAGCUUUCCUCUUUGAUGUUAGCGGGACAGUUAAUGCCGUUAACGGCAAAUCAAUUGCCAACGAAUGCUCUACAGGCAUCAUCAAAUUCCGGGGCAAAAUAUUUUGGAGAUGAGAAAUUUCAACAUGAAAAACAGCUGCAACGAAAACGAAGACAAACUUCGAUGACGGCAUCGACGACCACACAAUCACCCAGUGUAAGUGCUCCGUCAGCGUCUUCGUCACCAGUUUCAUCGAUUCCAACAACAAUAUGCAGUAAUGCAACGACAAAAACGACAGCUACACCAGCAACGAGUCCAAAGCCACCAGUUGUUGGAGCAGCAACUAUACCUUCAACCAGGGAUCAAUAUUAUCGGGAAGUUAAUUCACCGAGAAAUCGCAGGAAAUUUGAAGCUGCUGUGGGUGAGACACCUGGUAGUCGAUGUGAUAGUGAGCAGCGAAAAUGUAAUGAUGCCAGCGGGCGUUCAGCUGCCUUGGAGCGGGCUUAUGUUCAUGAUGUUUAUGAAAAUUGUGAGGAACCAUCAGGGACCAUUCGCCCAAAAGUCGCCCAAUUUUUGGGAGCCUUGGAUGCAGGGUCUGUUGUAUGUGAUGUUGGCUGUGGCAGUGGGCGGUAUUUAACGCAGUGUAAUCCGGCGAUAUGUACAAUAGGCAUUGACCGUUGCCAUCGACUGAGUAAGGUCGCCCGUGAAAAAGGUGGUGAGGUUGCUGUCUGUGAUAAUCUAGAACUUCCAUUUCGAGAUGAAUCUUUUGAUGCAGUUCUUUCUUUGGCUGUGGUACAUCAUUUUGCCACGACAGAGCGUCGUGUAGGAGCAAUUCGCGAGUUAGCUCGAAUUCUUCGAAUUGGUGGUCGUGUGAUAAUAAGUGUUUGGGCUUUGGAACAACGUCAAAGAAGAUUUGAAUCGCAAGACGUUCUUAUACCCUGGCAGCCACCUAAAAGUCGCACUCAAUCGUAUUCCGAUGAAGAAGAUGAGGACGACAUUUUACCGCCCUACAACGCCUAUGUAGAAGAGUCAACAAAUUCUAGCCGGUCAGCAGGCGAUGGAGAUAGUUCUAGUUUAUCUUCAUCAUCACCAGGAGAAUCAUGUUACAGCUUUGUUAGGCGAGCUAUUCAGAAAUUGGCUGGAAGUAAACGUCACCCUUGGUUUCUUGAUUCAUGGACGUCUAAGGAUACAAAAAAUAAUAGCAGCCUGGACUUUGAAGAUGCCAAAGAUUUACCAAUAGAGUUACGUCGUCUAGAGGAUUUCGAAGACUUUCCCGAUCCACCAUUAUCGGCGGGUCUGAAAUCGCGUAGCCUGGGCAGCAUUUUAAAUCCACCACCAAGACAAAUUGUUCGAUCUCGCUCUAGUGUGCCUAGUCUUGGAGCACAAAUGAUGGAACCCAAGCAACUUGUUUUGCAAACAUCCCCAGGACAAGUUCCAAAUAGUACUGCUGUUGAAAUUCCAGAUUCUAACAGCAAUAAUUCACCUGGCUCUGGAAGUAAUACAAAUAAUGCUCCAUCAGGAACAGUGACGGCUUCUUCAACUCCUCCUCAUUCCACUAUGACACCUAGUCGACGGCCAAAACUGAUCAAACAAAAACAAUCCCUUUGUGAUGAAGACUAUCAACUGCCAGAUAAUCCAUUUCAUAUGAUAAGUAACAGUAGUAGUAGUAAUAGUCUUAAUAAUAAUAAUCAACAACAAUAUCAGAAGAAUACACGAGCUCCUAUCGUAUCCAAGCAUCAAACUGAUGCUAAAGUAUUUUUGCGGAAGCAAAGCUCUCUAAACGAAGAACUAAUGGCCGGAAACCGCAUACGAGAGAAAGAGCGAGUAAGAAAGCGCAUUCAAAAGCAAAUGUCUUUGAAUGAAGCAUUCCUUUGUCGUUCGGUCUUCUCAAAAAGACUGCAAGUUUUGCGCGAUGGAUUUACAAGCAAAUUAAAAACCUCCACAGGCAGCUUAGAAAGAGUAACAAAAAAUGGCUUUGUUAAAAUAAUGCAGAACUUUAAAGCUUCAACAACUCCAAACACAUCCACCUCCUCAACGACAACCAAUAAUACAACUAUAAAUGAUCAUUAUCAAUACCACAAUCAUGCACACCAUUCAGUGCUCAAACAAGGUUCAUUUUCAUUAAAUAAGUCCAAUGAAGCCUGCAAUUGUGGUUUAGCAUCCGCAGUUGCAGCUGCUUCCUCGCUUACAAACGGUAACGAAGAUCAAUCCAACAAUAAACCAAGACGUUCCUCUCGUGAGUCCGGAUCAGAUUCUUCGAAAGACAGCAGCUUUCAAUCGGACACAAGCAUUGAGUCCGAGGAUAGCUUUGCUUCAGUUAUUUUCAUUCCGAAGCCCGAACUUCAACAGCAGCAACAAGGUCAUUUAGCCGCUCAAAAGCACCAGCAACAGAUAUAUCAUCAGCAAAAUUCAAACAGUAGUAGUAGUAAUAGCAGUAGUAGCUAUAAUGGUGCUCACAAUAGCAAUUGCAAUAGCUUGAACCAAAAUACUAGCCUCAAUAGCAGUAGCUCUAAAAAUCGUAUACCGUCAGUGCCAACAUCUCCACUUAUAAUGCCAUGCCCCCCAACACCAGCACACUCGCCGGCGGCAGCAUACACCGUUGUGACAUCACCUCCACAAACUACAUCGUCUGUGCAAGCGGCUAUGGCCAUUCUUACACCACCCAAACUUGUGCAAAAGUACACGAAAACCAAUAAUUCUGGGACAAUACAGGAAAAAUCUCGUUUUACUUUCGAGGACGAACAUAUUCAGCAGCUCGAGAGCACUAAAAGCAACAACUCGAACACAAGCCUCACAAACGGACAUGCUCAAAUAGCAUCAAUUGUAGUUGAUAAACCUGAUUCGAAUACAAAAUCUUCAUCACCACCAUUAUCAACUAAAAUUACACAUCAGACCAUUAAGGACCUACCGCCAAUACCAAAAUUUAGGAAACAGCAGUCCUUACAAAUUAAUAAACCCGGUUAUGCAAUAGUUCGUCGGGCAUCAAUGAUCGUUCCAACAAUUCCAAAAUUCAUGUCACUAGAACUUUUCAAUCCAGCCACUGAUGAUUUAGAUAGCGAUUCAAGUGAACCGUCUUCUCCGGAUUCCAUUGACAGUGUUAUAAGUGCACCCAAGUCUGCGCAGCCCGAUGAAGUGUCUCACAAAGGUGAUGUGAUCAAGUCUACUUUACACUUAAAUGGUGACGGUGCCUCAAUGGAGAAUCUAAAUGUCGAUGAUGAUUCAGUAGAAAACAUGCCGUAUGCAAGGGUGGUCAACAAAAUCCGACCUGCAACUCAUCAAGAAUGUGUUGACUUUGCGGAACAACUAAGUGCUCAACUUUUGCGGGAGCUUGAUGAAAAGAAUCGGUCUGAUAAAAUAGAAUGUCGAAGCUUAGAUGGUAUAGGGGGAGAUAUUGGUGAUUAUAUCGAUGAUCCCGUUAUGGCAAAUUUCCGUAAACGAAAUAGUGAUUUAACGGCCUUACGAGAUGAACUGCGAGAGCGCCGUCUUAUGUUAGCUAAUCUUUCAACCCAACCUAGUCUUCAACAAUCUCCAAAUUCUUCAUCUACAUCUUCUCUAUCCUCUCAAACACGAAGUUUGACAAUACAUGAAGAAGACGAGGAGGAAGAAGAACGUGAAGAGGCCGAGGGAAACAGUUCUAACAGCUACUCUUUGAACCUAUACGAUAAUUAUAAGAUCUCGAAAUUUAAAUACAAAAGAAACCGUCAGUACAGUUUAAAUCCUGAGACUGCGUACUUGCUAGAUGAUGGGGAUAGUUCUGCGCGGGAAGACGAUGAUGAUGUCAUUCUCGAAGAAGACGAAGAUGUUAAGAGUGACGAAGGCGUGCUUGAUGAUGAUCCACAUGAGGAUGGGACCAUUACCGGUGAAGGAGAAAAAUAUGCCACGAAAACCACACACAAUACCAUAAAAUGUGAUGAAAAUUCUUUGGACGAGAAUAAAAAACAAGACGGCUGUGGGGCUGUAGCUAACCGACAGUCAACAAUUGAAUCAUGGGAAAAUUCAAAUAGUUCAACGGCUUCAUUAGAUAGCCCAACUCAAGGUGGAGCAACAACUCAUCAUAGAUAUUAUCAUGUAUUUCGUGAGGGUGAGUUAGACGCUCUCAUUAAUCACCAUGUGGCAAGUCUGCAUAUUGUGUCUUCAUAUUAUGAAAGAGCAAGUUGGUGUGUUGUAGCAGAGAAAGUCCAAGUGUGGACUAUUUGAGUGAUGAUGUUAUACGUAAAAGUCUAGACUUACAAAAUGUUUCUUUUUUUAAAUAUUUUAUUUUGUUGCUAAGUUGUAACUCCUAUUGUAAGACCUAUUUCUUGAAAAAAACAUAUAUUUUUAUUUAUUAAGUUUAAUACACAUAUUGUAACAAAACAAAAAUACUUUGCAAUAAUCAUAAGAAAGUGCCACAACUUAAUGUAUAUUUAUGUUUCUGUAAGGAAUCAAAUUCUUUAACGAAUUUUAGAAUUUAGAGUAUCAUUCCAAAUUUACAAGAUGCACAAAGGAACUCUUUUAACACUUUUCCACUUGAAGGAUAAAGAUAUUGACUGCUUUUUUAAGUCAUUCCUGCUCUCCCAAUUUGUUUGCUUCUCCAAGUACUGUUGAUAAUCUCAAUUAACAACAAUACCUACCUUAAGGGUGAUAUUAUACUAACAAAAUGCACAGUUACAACUUUUACCAAUGUUGCUGAAAAAUUAUAAGUUGAGUCAGUUUUUAAUUUAAAUUUGUUUAAAAUUUAGAUUUUUUAGAUACACUUAUAAAAAAAAAAUCAAAAUAUACCAAUGGAAAAAUGGGCUGGUUCAGUCGACAUAAGGGACUUACAAGUAAGGAAAGUUUCUAGUAUCUGUUUGGCCAGCUGCCAACAAACUGCCUUCCCACUAAAGCAACUUUACUGGAUAGUUAGUCAAGAAAAAUCUUCCUAACUAUUAAGUUAAGUCUACGUUAAGUCGAAAUGACAGUUGAUCAUUUAUUUAACUGAAAGCUGAACUUAUUACUGUAUGAUUUAUUUAUUUUCUGCACAAUUCAUGUUUGUGUCAAAGGGUUGCUUGUCAAAUUAGAAAAGAAAUAAGUGAUAUUUCUUUACAACACAAAAUACAAAUUGUAAUGGACUUCUAGCUUGCCUGAGGUUUUGUAAAGAAUACACGUUUUUGGUGGUUUUUGCACGAUUAUCUGAAGGUAGAGGUUGGUGAAGUAAAGUUCUGAAUUUGAAAUGUAUGGCACUUGAAAAAGUAACUAGUUGCUUUAGUCAAAAUGUACGUUCAAGGAAUGCAGUUAAUUGUGUUCGCUUUUGCGACCCAAGUUUCAAUUGUUUUCUUACGACACCGUAUUUUCCACACAAAAAAAAACAACCUUGUUUGAUUUCAAGCUGAUAUUAUUGCUAUGUUAGGAUAUUAUAAAUGUAUUUUGUAUAAAAUUGUAUGUGGUUAAGCAAAGUUGAAUGUAAAAGAACAAAUCACAAGUUUGUAAAACGAAUUAAAACAAAAACACAGUUGCCAUUAUCAUCAUAAUCUUUGAAAUAUAAAUGUUCUUUAAUUGUAAACUUGUUCGCAACGAUUUUUAUGACUUUCUUAUCUUUAUUUUGUAAUAAUAACUCACAACGAAAUAGUAACGAAGUUGCAUUCCCUUUAUUCUAUAAUUUCCAUACAUAUAACGAAAUGCUAAACAUUAAUUUCAUAGAUUAACUAGCUGAUCCGGCCACGCGUUGAUGUGGAUAACAAUUCUUUGUCAUAUUACAUUGCUGUAAACUAUUUAUGCGGGACGGUAGGAAAACAUCAGAUAUUAUCACCAACAUUCUUUUUUACAUAUGUAGAUUCCAUUUGUAAAAAAACAUGGCGACCGUCAUGACUAAUUUUCAGCCUUAAACUUAUAAAUGAAAUAGGUAGUUUAAAUAACUUCCUAACUGCUAACAUUAGUAUUUAUUAUUUUCGAUUAUAAAUACUUUUAAUUUCAAUUUAAUUUAGCACUUAUUGGUGCACAAUGUUUUUGGUUAACCUGUCUUUCGCUAGUACAAAUAUGUUCGACGGUUUUCCUAGACGUGAUGCAACAUAUAGCUGUCCGAGAAAAACAUAGAUUUUUCAAAUCUUAACCACAAAAUGGUCAUUGUUAAAAGCUAAAAGAAUAGCAAACUGUAAUCUUCUAAACGGUAUAAUAGAAUAUGAUGGUACCAUUGAAAACAAGACCACUUUUCCUUUAAACUUUAAAAUUAAAAUGAUUGCUUCGAGAAUAUUUCCGGUGAUCUUUUUGGUGACCAAACGUGUACAGUUGCUUAAUUAAGAUGGAUUCAAAUCACGGUAUCGAUUGAUUCAAAAGGCAUCAGAUCGCUUGGCGACAACUGUUGUAUCUGGAAUUUAUUUUGUCAACAUUAACGUUGUUGACUUCCAAUAUAGCCCGAUGACUGAGCCAGUUAUGAUUCAAGUAAUUAUACUCUGUACAACUUGAAAAAUACUCUGAUCCAAUUAAUUUUUUUUUCUGAAGAACAAUGCAAAAAUUGUGUGGCUUUUAAUGCAUUGCGUAUUUAAUUACAGUACCGUUUCC